AUGGAGUUCGCCGCGGCGGCCCUGGGAGCGGCGACGGCGGAGCCGCUCAGGACGGUCGUGCACGGGCGCGAGGAGCCGCACAGGUACACGGUGGCGCCCGGCGGCAUCACCAGCAUUACCGGCACGGUCGUGCCAUGCCACCCGCUGCCGUACCCGGCGGACGUGCUGUACUGCCACCGGCCAGGCAACGUGGGGGCGGUGCGCGUGGAGCUGGUCGGGCAGGACGACCCUUCGCUGGGCGCGACGGCGAUCGCCGUCUGCCACGAGGACACCUCCGGGUGGGACGCCGAGUACUUCGCAACGCUCAACGGGUCCCGCGGCGAGCCUAUCUGCCACUACAUGCCGGACAAGUAUGUGGUGUGGGUAACCGGUGAAAUCCACUAG